UGGCAGUUGCUUUCCUAAUAACCCAGUGCCUACGCCAAUUCUUGUCAAUGUCUUAACAAAUACAGUUCAAAACCUUUACAAGUUGAAGCAUCUGCAAAAACCUGAUUUCAAUAUAAUAUUAAUUUGAGAUCAUAACAUUACCGCGAACAAGACUGUAGAGGAGAAGUGGCAUGAAGAAGCCAGGGUUUGAAAGAGCCACUUCUUCCCUACCGUCGAGAGCGAUUAUAUAUCAAUUAUGCAUAUACUAACAUUAGCCUUAAGAAAAAACUGUCAAAAACACAAAUUGAUCCAAGAUGGUCGUAAAUAAAUGGAUUUAUUUUAUUAUUUAUAAGAGUUAGAAGCGAUAAACAAAUUACAUACACACAUAUUUAUAAAAGCUCCUAAUUAUUCUAUGAAACGUAUAUUUAGAGGUAUAAUGAUAAUAUACAGAGAGAAAAAUGGGGACUGCGUUUGUUUGAGAAAGCGGUAGUGAAGGUCCUCCUAAAUAAAAUGUAUACAAGCGCAACGAAGUAACACUAUUUUCUCACCCCGAAUUUUUCACAGCUAAUUUUCCAUCCACAGGUAAGCGCGUACGCAUGCCCUUCCGGUGCUGACGCUCAGUGGAGCCGCGACCUCCGCGCGCGACGGACGUACGUACGUGACAAUCAUGAGUUCGGGCAAGCGAAAACUGUCGUUCCUGGGAUUCGCGCCUUCUCAGGCGGAGGGGGAGGAGAUUCACCUGGACGAGGAGAUGGACCGAGUGGUGUGGGGGGAGACGAGGGCGGAGCCGCUGGACGCGACACGGUACCGCGCGUCAACGGAGCCCCGCCGCGACAGCGCUGCCCCGGUUCCCCCCGAGUACGAAUCGACCCGAGGGGGCUUGGGCUGGAGCAGCUCGGAGACCUCGCCCGCGGAGCCGUCCCAGACUUCGACGAUGUCGCCGAGUCAGACCACUUCGACGUCGUCAUCGAUGAGUCCGCGCGAGGAUGGCGACCGGCACGUCCAGUUCGAUGGCCCGGCCCCGGCCACACCCGACCCCGGAACGACGACGAACGACGACAGCGACUUGCGGCGCGAGCAGCGAACCGCCCGCCUACACCACCGCCACCAAGGCCGCAAGUAUUCACUCCAAGAAGGCGCGCGGGGCGGUACGGACAGGAUGGACCGCCCUGCCCCAACGGAGCGUGUCUCGACUGCCGAGGAGCUGCGCGAGGCGGAUGCUGAUGACCUCGCCAGUCACCGUACGGACGACCCGAAGGGCUUGCGUCGUCACCUCAUACACCAGACUAAGGACACGUCAACGGUCCACGUGGGACGGCGGGAGGGAGGGGAUCGCCUCAACUCCCUGAUUAACGAGAAGAAACUGUAUGACCAUAGCCCUCAUUCCGUAUUCGUACAACUUGACGAACUCCUAGCCACCGGCGACGGCGACGCCGAAUGGAAAGAAACAGCCAGAUGGAUCAAAUACGAGGAAGACGUGGAAGAAAGCGCCGGCCGCUGGGGUCAACCUCACGUGGCUUCCCUGUCCUUCCACUCGCUCCUCAACCUUCGGAGAUGCCUGGAGACGGGCGUGGUGCUGCUGGACCUGGAGGAGCGUGAUCUGCCCGGUGUUGCUUACAGGGUGGUGGAGCGCAUGGUUGACGACGGGCUGAUAGAGGAGGAUGACAAGCCUGUGGUCAUGAGGAGUCUUUUGCUCCGCCAUCGCCAUGUCCACGAUGACCGGUUCCGGUUCUCCAUCGGACGGAAGCACGCUUCCUACACCAGCUUGCAGUCGAUCUGGAUGGAGGAGGGCGGGCGCGGAUCUUUCGGUGCCCGCGGGUCCCUGGGCGCCCGGGGGUCCCUAGGUACCACGGCGCCCACCCCAGCACCUGCCGGACGACGCCACAGCUUGUUUCCACUCGGACUCGGCGCUAAAACCAACUUGGCAGACCCUCGCCGGCGCCGAAGCUCAUAUGCGAUACCACUUGACAAGCCCAGCAUGCAGGAGCUGAAGAAGAAGGUGUCCACUGCUGGAUCCGAGAAGAUAGACCUUAAGGAAGUAGAGUAUGCGGUCGCUGGUUCACAGGAUGAACUGCGCCGUGGCCACAAUGAAGCCAUCAUGAAACGCAUUCCUGAAGAUGCAGAAGCUACAACCGUCCUCGUAGGAGCCGUCGGCUUCCUGGACCAGCCCACCAUCGCUUUCGUCCGUCUCGCACAAGGCAUCCUCAUGCCUUCCAUUACAGAAGUCCCCAUCCCUGUUCGGUUCAUGUUCAUCCUUUUAGGCCCUGUGACUGCCGAAUUAGACUACCAUGAAGUCGGUCGAUCCAUCUCAACUCUAAUGGCAAACCCUUCGUUCCACAACAUCGCCUAUAAGGCUGACGAUAGACGAGACCUACUAUCAGCCAUCAAUGAGUUCUUAGACGAUUCCAUCGUGCUGCCGCCUGGUGAUUGGGAGAGGCAGGCGCUUCUACCAAUGGAUGAGCUCCGUGCGAAGAGCGAGAUGAUUCGACGUCGCAAAGCCAACGCAUUGGAGAAGAAGCGGGCGUCAGUAGCUGCUGGUGCUGGGGCUGUGACCAUUUCUGAGGAGAAACAGGCGCUACUGAGGAUGGAGACGGCCGGAUUGCCGCCUAAGGAACCAGAGGGGCCGCUUGAGCGCACUGGACGACUUUUCGGAGGCGUGAUACGCGACAUCAAACGCCGCUACCCGUACUACAUAUCCGACUUCACCGAUGCACUGAACGGGCAGUGCGUGGCCGCUACCAUCUUCAUGUACUUCGCUGCUGUCUCCUCCGCGAUCACGUUUGGAGGCCUGCUAGCUACUAAGACAGACGGGAAUAUUGGGAUCACUGAGACGUUGCUAUUCACUUGCUUCGGUGGCAUAUUCUUCGCGCUGCUAUCGGGGCAGCCGAUGAUGAUCACGGGAGCGACUGGCCCCCUUCUACUCCUGGAUGAAUCGCUCUUCAGCUUCUGCAAGUCAUACGGGUUUGACUUCCUGGCUGCCAGAAUGUACUGUGGACUGUGGAUGAUCGUGAUAGCACUACUGGUCGCUUCUGUUGAGGGCAGCGUCGCUGUCAAGAAGAUCACAAGGUUUACAGAAGACAUCUUCGCGUUCCUGAUCUCCUUGAUCUUCAUCGGCGAGCCCAUCACGAGUCUGAUCAACGUAUACCGAGCCCAUCCUCUGGGUAUUCAGUACGCCAUGUACGGGAAAAACGGCACUGUCGAUAACGCCACCGUGUGGGGUCCUCCUUUACUGCCCGAACCGCCAGCGCCACAGCCAAACACCGCACUGUUCUGCACAAUCCUCACCUUGGCUACCUUCAUCAUCGCCUACUACCUGCGUAUCUUCCGUAACGGCAAAUUCCUUGGACGCAGCGCGCGGCGCGCGUUAGGUGACUUUGGAGUCCCAAUCGCUAUAGUCCUGAUGGUGGGUCUGGCAUCUGCUGUUCCUGUCUACACAGACACAUUGCGUGUUCCCGAGGGUCUGCACCCCACGUCUCCCCGACCUUGGCUGGUGAUGAUGACUCCUGGGCUGGCGACUAUUCCCGCCUGGGCCGCGUUCGCUAUGGCGCUACCUGCUCUCAUGGUCUACAUCAUCGUCUUUAUGGAGACGCAUAUCGCAGAGUUAAUCAUCGACAAGCCCGAGCGUCAUCUGAAGAAAGGCAGCGGCUUCCACAUGGACAUCGUGAUCAUGUCGUUCGUGAAUUGCAUUUGCGGCAUGUUCGGCGCGCCGUGGCAGUGCGUGGCGACCGUGCGAUCGGUGUCGCAUGUGUCGGCGCUCACUGUCAUGUCCACCACGCACGCGCCUGGUGACAAGCCGUAUAUCGUUGAGGUUAAAGAGCAACGACUGACUGGUCUACUGGUAUCCUUCCUCGUGGGUCUAUCGGUGUUGGCCUCCCGUCUUCUGACCCUCGUGCCGAUGGCUGUGUUAUUUGGGGUGUUCCUGUACAUGGGCAUCUCAGCGCUGGGAGGCAUACAGUUCUGGGACCGCUGUAUACUGAUGCUGAAGCCGGUGAAGCACCAUGCGCAAGUGCCCUACGUGAGAAGGGUACCAACGUGGAAGAUGCACAUGUUCACGCUGGUGCAGCUGACCGGCAUCAUAGUCCUGUUCACCGUCAAGUCCUCGCGAUUCUCGCUAGCCCUGCCAUUUUUCCUGGUGAUGAUGGUACCGUUGCGCAUGUCGCUGGCCUACGUGUUCACGCCACUUCAGCUCCGCGCGCUGGACGGAGUGCAGAAAGAAACAGACGACGAUGAACCAGAUUUCUACCAAGAGGCACCAUUGCCGUAAACGUGAGAGUUCUCCUGUUAAACGCUCUUAUGAUUUCUUUUACAUAUCUGCCAAGACAAGAAUCGUUUUAAGUGGACUGGACAUUCCCCGGAAUACGAGAGUGCAUUAUUACGUAUUAAACGUACGAAGGUGUCUUACUAUUUCAGUCAGUCUCGGUACAAAAAGUACUGACAUUGACAGAAGCAGCAUGACAAAUACGAACGUUUCCGACAAAAUACGAUGAAAAACAAUUUUGGACUACAUAUGAACUGAUGUGCCCUCGGAAAGCUUUUUAUCUCAUAUUUUUGCAUGCGGAAAUUUUCGGUUUCCUUAAUUUCCUAUGAUAUAUAAGUAGUAUAUAGUUUUUGAAACUGUCCGCAAUUUGCUAAUGUAUCUUCUGUACGUUAUAUGCAAACGCCAAUUUACGGAGAUUUUAGGUAUAAGAGUUUCUUUUCCAUGAAACAGCGACUCAUGGAUUAAUUAGCCUAAAAGUAGGCUAUAAGACCAAAAAUCAUGCGGGUCAGGCCCGCGGAUUGCUCCUUAUUACGGACAUAUAAGCGGCGAUAUGUGUCAGCGACAAGUCAAGCCAAGUCGAUGGAUUCGCUUGAUAUUUGAGUUUUUCUUGAGUCGUGGGUAUUCGCGAAACUUUGCCUGGCAUGUGUCGAUAUGUGUCGCGCGCUGUUGCCAGACAUGUCUAGCGAAGUCCGGCUACAUUGCGCCACUUCACCCGACAUGUCCCAUUAUCCCAUAGUGUAUCCUUGGCUGCAGACAUGAGGCUGUCAUACCAUACGCGGCUAGCGCUCUUUACUUUCUGAUUUCUUCUCGGUAUUUAUAGCAAUAUCACAGGGAUACAGCCUACACAAGCACCGCAUUAUGAAGCGUUUACGAAGAGCACGAGCACAUAUGUGCAAAUGUACAUACUUGUAAAAUACUACGGUUUGAACAACUCAACUGUGUUGUAUUCUAUACCAUUUUAUACUAUAACAGCCCUGUUACUCGUUUGAAGCUUGAUUUUUGUAAAUAAUAAUAAGUACUGGUCGUAAUUGGCCCUAACUGAAGCGGCCGCGCCCUCAUACUAAAAAGUACGGGAGCGCUUAAUGUGUGGUGACUUCGAUUGUGUUAGACCGCGGACUGGACGCAACCGGCGCGCGGCUCGGCCAGCGGCAAAUCAAGGCCGUUAACAUUUGGUCAAGCCCAAUCCAACCUGUGCUCGGUCUAGUAGUUGAGCUAGUCUGUGCACAAGGAUGACAAAUCAUUGAGUGUAGCCGGCUACAUACGUAUGGGAAUACGUUAAACAUUCUAUUGUCAUCCUUAAUGGAUUACAGAAAUAUUCACUAGUUUUUCUUGCACGGCAACUUUAAAGGUGAGUCGAGAACCAGUGUUCCUCAUAUAGCGACGGCUGCGAUCAUGAGUGCAGAUAAUGUCGAUUAAAUUAUUUUAAAUCAUUAUGAUUUCUGUAAUAAGUUUAUUAGUUCAAAUUAUGUUUUGUAAUAACGGCCUCUAAUGUACUUACUCUGUACUUAUAUUUAUAGUAGAGAAAGUAAGGAAAAAUAUAUUUUAGUAUUGUUGUUUUAUUUUAGGAUUCAUCUAGAAAGUAUUAUUGUUAUUCACGUAAGCCAUGCAAUGGCUUAUGGUCGAAUCAACUUUUAGACCGACACUUUUCACGUUUCUGACGUUACCAAGCAAUUUUAGGUCUAUCACAGGAUAAUUCGUUUGUUUUAACGUAUAACAUAAGAUGAUAUAAAAGUAAUAGAUUAUUUAUAAGUGAAUUUUUGGAUUGAAGUUUAAAUCUCGUGGACAUGUCUUUAGAUCAGUAUCGGCAAAGUAUCGGUAUCGGUCUAACAGUUGAUUCGCCAAUUAGAAAUAAUUGUGCAAAUGUGUCAAAAUUACAUCAAAAUUCAAAUUAAAUGUAUGCGCGCGCUCUAAGACAAAUGUGUGCAAAAGGGACGCACUGAUUCUUAAAUAUUUAUUUUGAAAUUAUAUUUUUAGAAAAGAGUCUGUUUGGAAAGAUACAUACAUAGUCGUGGAAUAUAUUGGGCCCCAUACAUACCACGAGUCUUCUCUUUCCGCACAGACUCUAAGCUUAAGGGUCAUGGAGUUUACGAGAGAGUCAAAAUGUGUAUAAAAUAUACGUAGAUCCCAGUAUUUGUCAGUAAAUUCAAUGUUAUUUGAUGUAUACACAUUUUUGUACAUCAUACAUUCGUGGCCAUGAACAAGUUGGUAUUAUUUAGUUUAGAUAAUAGAGGACAAAUAUUAUUAUCCUUAUGACUGUGACUGUAUGGAUUCAUCUUUGCUAAGAUACUAUUUGUCCCCAUUUGUAGGGUUCACUUUGAGGGUCAUAAAAAGAGCUUAUAAAUACCUUUGUAUGUACCUAGUAACUAACGAAGAAACACUACGGGGUAUUCCGAGCUUGCUUUUUCUCUUUACCAAACCAAUGAAUUAGUUUACUUUGGGUAAAAUUAACAUCCUGUUUUUACAAUACCAUGAAAUGUGCCUACUUUGCUCCCCACUGGGUAAUUCUGCUCCAAAAUUGUUACUACAAUGUCAUUUAGUAUCUAUAUUAUUCCGAUAAAAACGAAAAAAUCGGAAAUAAACGGGGAAAAAACGCCAUUUGAAAAGAUCUUGUAAAUUUUUCCAUUCAUAUUUAAUCCAUUUUCUAAAUAUCUACACCUGCUUACAUAGUCGUGAUCUUUGUUAUCCAAAUGCUGGUAAUUUUUCCCAAAAAAACGGAAAAUAACGAAAAUUUUAAAACGUCCUGAAACUAUCAAUUUGAUUUUUUCGAGAAUUUUUAACCCUAUUUAAGUGUUACCGCGUUAUAAUAAUUUUAAAAAAUAUCUUGAAUUUAAAAUUUUGGUAUAUAUUCUGGAGCAAAGUAGGCACAUUUUAUGUUAAGGCCCGACCAGAAAUAUAUGAUCAUUGUCAAGAGGGCGCUGUUAUUCUCAUGUAUAGGGUGACAGUUCAGUUUAGAAUAAAAAGUUUAGUUCUUAGAAAUUCCGCAAUAUGGCGCGUGAUCUUAUAUUACUGGGCAGGCUAUACAUAUCAUUUUUUCUUACGUAAUAAAACGUGUAAAAAAAGCAACGACGACAUAUCAAAACGCCCACUAAAUCAUGUUUGUAGAUACAGGGUGUCCCUGGAAAUGUGGAUCAAAUCGAAAACUUAACAAAAUUAGGUACAUUUGUAUAUAUGACCAUUUAGUCACCUUACUUCUUCCAAGAUACAGGCAUUGCUCUUACCUUACCUGAGAAAAUAUAACUAGUCUCAAUAAGGCCUUACUUUUACCUCUCUAUGGAGCAUAUAUUUUUUAUAUAGGUAAUAUUGGAGGGAAAUGAGCAUAGGUACGAAUUGCCUGAUGGUAAGCAAUUAUUGCCAAUGGAUGCGACAACACCAGAAGGGUAGCGAGUGUGUUGCCGGCCUUUAAGAUGGAGUACGCAUAUCUUGAAGGUUUGAAGGUCGGAAAUACCGCUGGCGACAGUUUGUUUCACGGUUUAGCUGUACGAGGCAGGAAAUUUCUCGAAAAACGCACAGUCAUAUCAUAGCAUGGGGUCUCUAUCGUUUCCCAUAGAGUUUUAAGUCGUAAUGUAUUUUUUGUCCGCAUGUUCGUUAAAUAUAAUUUAGUUUUUCUCAGAAACGCGUAACUUCUCAGGAUUGUCAUAAAACAAACCUAACCUAACCUAUCUAUAGGAUAACAUAAGGAAAUACCUGAAAAGUUAACGGUUUCAGAGUUAUGACUAAUGAUAAUAUGACUAUCAGUGCAUUAUGACUUUCAAUAAUUAAGCCAAACAAAGGGAUCCGCAUAGCAUGUGUGUCUGGCAGUCGCUUUCAAGAAUACUAGGGCCAAAUGGAGACAGGGCUCCUUUAGAAUGCAACAGGGAAAGCGCUGAGAUAAAAGCGGUUCAGUAUCACUCUUCCUUAUUAGUGCGAUAAAGAGACAGAUAACGUUUCGUUUCGUUUUUUACAAUCGAUUGUUAUCUUGGCUAGGGUCCUGACGUGCGGUCGGAAAGUUACCAAAUUGAAAAAAAAUUGUGACUUCUCAUAUUUUUCGAGAUCGAAAUUUUCCGUUUUUAAUAAAAUAAGUUUCCUUCAUUUUCUAGAGAAUUUUCCUAAAACUUCCGAGAUUUUUUCAAAUUUUUGAAACUUUUCGCAAAUCAGACAUACAAUAUGCUUGAAAAAUGGACCCGGGCAUGUCCUUAAACUACGUCCAAAAGCACCAAGGGAUGGGAAGCAGCGUCCCUUAAGUUAGGUGCUAUACGGGGUGCCUGUGACUACAGUUCUGUAAUUCCAAAUAAUUAUACUCAUCAAUUAUCUGACUAAGUAUUUUUACUACUACCUAGGGGGAGUCCGGGAGACUUGAACCUCUUUUUACUCAGAAGCCACUAGAGGUUUAUCCGUAAGUGUUAGCAACUCGAUAUUUCGUGUAUAGAUGACAUAUCUAAAUAGGUAUCUUUAGAGCAUAGCAAAGUGCUGAUAAAGUACAAAAUUUAAGUUCUGCAAAAAUAUUUUUCAUAAACGGGGUAUUGGCUCAAGUCUCCCCAACCUAUGGGAGAGUUGACCAGGGGGUGUGGGAGAUAUGACUAUACAUAUGUUAGGUAGGAAAAACAGUGAAAAAACUGCUGUUUAAUCCAAUAUAUUUAUUAAAAAAGGAAAGUAGUUGUAACAAAGUAUUUUUACCCAUAAAACAAAAUAUUAAAAUUUAAUAAACUUUAUAAAAUUUUAAAUCGGCAACAUUAAAUGAAAUUCAAGAGAUCAAUUAUCUUUAAAUUAUUAUUAUUAUGAAUUAUUUCUAUGAGAUCAAUUCAGUCAACAAAUUAUCAAAGGCACAUGCAAGGUCCUUUUCAUUUUACAUAACAUAAUUCUUCAUGUCAAAUAAAGUUGUCCACAUCUUUGCCAGUUAACCCAUCGCAAACUUCGUGAAUAUACCUAUCCUUUGCAGGAACCACACAGUCGAACACUUUUUAUGCAACCUACGUCGGUGGCAAACAAGCAUACGGCCCGUCUGAUAGUAAGCAGUGACCGUAGCCUAUGGACGCCUGCAACUCUAGAGGUGUUUUAUGCGCGUUGCCGACCCUAACACUCCGCACUCCGUACCCUCGUUGAGCUCUGGCGACCUUACUCACCGGUAGGAACACAACACUUGUUUUUUAUUUUAUUUUUGGAUUUUUUUCUCUUGUCGCUAUCUUGCAACACCUUCCUCUUACCUCCUUUGACGUUUGGCCUGCAUAAAAAUAAAGGAAACCCUUAUUUAAGCACAGUGUGGGAGAAUUGAACCACUGAUCAUAUCUCCCUACCACCAUGCGGCUCAACUCUCCCGCACCCCCCUUUACUUUAUAUAGAUUAUGUUUUCUUUAUACUCUUACAAUAAACAUUACAAAUGAUCACUGUUAGUAAAACUACAUUAACCAACAAGUACAAUAAGAUAAAAUAAUACUACUCACCUGUUUAAUUUUCAAAAUAGUGUAAAAAUAUAAAAUUGUAAUUUUUUUCACUUCGCGACAGCGAAACCACGUUUACUCCAGUCAUUUCCAAACCAGACUAAUAGCGGCCAAUAUGGCGUCGCCAAAAGUUGCGCCUUCUGUUAAAGUACGACAUGAGCUGUCAACGGCGUCGGUGGCGCGAAAUUUGAAUUGAAAUAUUUGUCGUGGUUCAACUCUCCCACCUGGUCAUAUCUCCCAGACUCCCCCUAUAUAUCAAAGACUGUACAGAAAUAGAGCAAUUAGUCAAUUAUACAACAUUAAGGCUCCCUGUAUACUGCGAUCUUUAACCUAGCCUACUUAUGUUUAAACCUUGCUGACCUAUAUAUAAGCUUGAUGAUGGUUGGAUCUUUAAGACUUAAUUUGUUGCAUCCUUCAACACGCCGCGUGUAAAUAACUUGCCAGGCCACGCGGUUUUUUUACCUUUUAACACUUCUUUUGCAAAGUCCCUCGGCUAUCAUUAGCAUUUUCCUAAAAUUACACCUCCAUGGUGUGCAUGUGCAUAGCAACGAUAUAUAAAUGAAAAUUAGACAUGAUUUUGUGAUUUUUCUUAGUAAGCCAACUAUAAGUUUUAAAAUUUUGGUUGGGUUCCGCCCUUGCAAAUACUUGUAUAGUUUAGUUUCCCUGUGAAUUUUUCCGUGGCAAUUCAUUUGCCCUUAAUAUAAAUUUGUAAAAAUUCGAUAUAUACACUGCAAUUAUAUUUUGCGUUAGUUCCCUCUGCCUAUCACUAAAAUAGAAUAAAUUACGCUUAAAUUUUAACAUCUAUUUUCUAUUUAAUCCACUCUUUUAGGGAUAUCAAUUGAGCGUUUUCAAACAAGGAAAGUAUUAGAUUUUUUUCUAAAUAGUACCUUCUUACAAUUUCUACUGUAUAUACUGAAUGUAAUAUUAGGUUUUAGUAGCAGGGGCCCAUUUCUCGAACAUAUUAGGCUAAAGUUAUUAGUGUGUUAUCAUGGAAACCCAGUUAGUGGACUAAUAGAUACUUAAUAUUAGACCAAUACCGUUCGAGAGAUGGACCCAGGGGUAUAACCGCGAAAAUCGAAAUUCAUCAAUUGCGGGCAUUUUUCUCUGUCACUCUAAUUACGUCUUAAUGAGAAUAAAAAAGAAACUUCCCCGCAAUUUGCGAAUUUCGGUUUUCGCGGUAGGCCCCUAGAGCGCACUGCAGGAACUGAAUGAGUGUGAUACUAAGUAUGUAAGUUACUGUGUUUCAUAGGAAUAGCUCUUCCUCAAAAAUGAGGUAAUACUCAUUGAGGUUUAAGACAUCAUUUUCAUUUUACACAAAAAUGAGUAUAACUCGUUAUGUUUGAAUGAUAUAUAUUUUAGUAGAUGUUGCCAUAAAGACAGGUUUAUCGCUAUACACUGUUGUAAUUAUGUUAGAGUAGUUUAAGUAUUAUUUUAAAUUGUUUUGGGCUUAUUCCAAAGGUAUUCCCGUGAAAUAAAUAUUAUGCAAAUUGUCCUAAACUCCUACAUUGAAUUAAACAAACAUUUCAAAAAGAAGGAUAGACCCGUUCAUAAUAUAAAUCCGAUCGAACAUUCUCGAUUGAUGUGCCUCGGUGGAAUGCUACAACGCAAUUGGUUGACGAGUUCGCAUCAGGCUCGCGAUUGGUCGCAACUACGGUACGAAUAUUUUGAUUGCGUUGGACUGCCUGCUUGAAAAAUAGCAACAGAAUUGCAGUAAAAAUCUACGGACCCUUCUUUUCUUCUAUUAGGAUCGAAAUAGCUCGAGAUUCUGAGUAAAAAUAACAUAAAUUAUACCGGGUUCGUGAUACUCUUAAAGGUUUUUGAAAUUCUUUGUUAAUGAAAUUUGUCACAUAUUAACUAAUUUAAUUGAUUUAUUUCCAUAACUGAUGGAAUAAUGCCAAAGCGUCGUUUUUUAGGCUUUAUAAGAACAAUACAAAGACAUAUUAGUGAGUACAUGUAGUGAUAUCCGGUGGGCGCUCUGAAAGGGACUUCCGGUAUUAGCAAUUAGUAUAUUAAUGUUAUUUUUCUAUGUAUUCAACUAUCUGUGUCAUUAGUAGCCAAAGCAAUUCGUAAAAGUCCUUUAUUGUGAUACCUGUUACCAGUGGCACCACAGUGGCACCAUGGUUCCCUUUUUAUCGCUUGUCACUAUGCCUGUCACUUUCGCACUUACAUACUUGUUAGAACGUGACAGGCAUGGUGACAUAUGAUAAAGAGCCGACCAUCUUAGCUCUACUGGGGUCGUCAUAUUUCUGCGUAAUUUUGAAAUCUAAGCCUAAGGUUAAUGUGGAGAAGAUUGACAUAUACAAUUUAUAUCUGAGAAGACCGUCUUGGGACAACAACUCUCGUAAUUAUAAGAAAGGAAGGCCUUCACUUGUUCUGCUCUACUGACUCCCUGAACGUGGAGUUUGUAAACAAACGCAAAAGUUAAAGCGACGAAAAAGCUUGUAGACGGUCUUCUCCUAUAGACGGUCUUAACCAUAUUCACCUUAAAUAAUGCUUGCAUCCUGGCCUGUGCAUCGAACACAGUUGCUUUUGUUUUGUUUCGGUCGAUUAGAUUUUUUUUUUAAUACCAUUGGUUCAUAUUUGACUGCCAAUAACUGGAUCAUUCUCCAGAAUAAGUCUGCGGCUAAACACCGUCAAACCAUACGUACUAAAUGUACGAAAAGUUUGACGGAGUUGAGACUGACUGCAGUCAUAUAAUUUGAGAAUGACCCAACGUUUUUGCGGUGGGCUGCUAGAGGAUAUAAUAGUACAGUCACCUGCAAUAAUAUGUUACUCUUCGAAGGCUGCAAAAAUAUCUGACACGCUUUUAUGGUUCUACAAAUAACAUACAUAUUAUUACAGGUGUCUGUACUAAAUUUUCAUUCGUGAUCACCAAGGAGGCGAGAAAACAUUAUAAUCUUUGUCAAAAUUACAUUGUAAAAAACUACCCACAUACAAAAUAAUGAGAAUUAAUUUUUUAAUCAUUAUUUUGAUAACUAUAUCUAUGAAUAUACAUGAAAAAAUUAAAACGUACCCAACAGGUUUUGCUUUUUUAUAUUUAAAUACAGGAAGCAGUAUACAAAUACAAUACAAUACAAAUGCUUUUUUACACUUCAUAAACAGAAAAUCAAACAGAUGACACAACACAACAAUGUCAAUAGAAUUAGGGAAGACAUCAAAUAAAUAAUUUUCUUAAAUAUUUCUAUCUUCUGUCCGUGAGGCCAAGAGGCCAGUUCGAACGUAAACUUUGACAUCAAAACAAUAAUUUCUUGAAUAACUCUCUACUAAUGAUUGGUUUUCAGAGCACAACGAAAUAAUAAAAGAAAAUAAUAAUAAGCCCGCGGGGGCAGCUUGUGGCGAGCUGACGGUGAGUGGCGACACCGCGGACCCCUAUUCCUGAGGGCACUUUCAUCUAGCCCUCUGUUCUGUGCUUGCCUUCACUGGCCGGCCAGAGUGGAGUCGCAAGAGCGGGACCUAUGCUCCAGGUUGGAAGUGUAAAAUGUCAACGCCGGCGGCUUGUUGAACGGAUUACCGGGAUCUGGCUUCCGCAGCCUCACCUCUCGACAACCUCACAGCCGCUCCAAAGUGUUACCCUAUUGUCGCACUGUGCGUGCGGCCGUUGUGGGGCCCACUUAAUGAGUUGGCAAGUCACCACCUGUCUUUCACAAUUUCGAGACUGAUUGUCAUGGCAGGUGUCCGCUAGUCUCAUCCCAUAGCCCAUUAUCCAGUCCAUCCAACUUGCAAAUUAAUAGCCUUAUGACUUUAGAUCCCAUCGCACUUCAAUAGUCUUUGCACCUGCCGGGGACCAUCUCCGGAUGUAUCAUAUUGUACGCUCGGGGAUGGUACCCGCCACGUGUAUCCCUUGAUUUUAUAUUAAAUUGUUUUAAAGAGCCUCUGCGUUGUUGGCUUCGGUCCUACGCACACUUCCCAAAGGUCCGGGACCCCAUAGUCCCGAGAUAUGGAAAAGACAUACAAAUAAUAAUAAUAAAUAACAAAACGACACUUUUUAUACUAACCGAUCGGUAUCGUGUUGCUGAGACUUCUUAGAAGCAUCGUUCGAAUCGGGCGGUUAGUAAAAUUACCAUUUUAAAUAUAUAUAAACAAAAUCGUUAUCUUCCGUCCAUUUGGGUAAGCAGAGAGUCAUUAAUAGUAGAAGAGGUUUAAAAUCUAAGAGAAAAUCGUGUUUUGAAUUUGGCAGCUGAAAUAAAUGACGCUUUACAUUCACGUGCAGUCAGCUGCAGAGAGAGGUGUACCCCCUGGAUAGACUGAUUGUAAUAGGGGGGGGGUCACCUCUCUCUGCAGCUGUAUGUACAUUAUUAAAAGUGCCAUCUAGUUCAGGUGCAAACUAGGGAGCAUUAUUAUUUCUUAAACUUUACACAUCUUAUACAAUCGAUGAAUCUUUGCUUGUAUGUAUAGAAAGUUAUAUUUUAGAUACACUAAUAAAUAAUAAUAUAAAAAUGUAAAUAUACCCUUUUUGCAAUUUUGAUACGAAGGUGCUAUAGUAAAUUAAUUACCUGUAUAAAUAAAAUAAUUCUUUCAAAAUAACUAGUGUAAAAUGUGUUUUGUAAAUAAUAACUUAAUAAUAAAUAAGAUGUUACCAACCUUUGCUGCUCUUCGGACAGUUGACCUAAAAUGAUCACUAAAAUGUGUCAGUUGAGCCCUGCCACAUUCUUAGUAAAAAAAAAAACUGAAAAACAGCAAGUAAGGUAACGUCUAUAAGCUUUAUUAAAACAUUGUGACGUUCCACGGAUAAGGGUACUUUAUGGCGGUCAGCGCUUACGCAAUUACCCUCACCAUGAGUUUUACGCGGCCUUAAACGCUAGCGACUGCGUCAAGUCAAACACAGUGCAUCUCGCUUCCACCAAUUUUAGUACGAGGGAGAUACAUUGUGAGUUGGUUUACGCAGUUGCUAGCGAAUGUAUCAGUGUGAAACUCUAGCAAGGAUGCUCUGGGUAACACUGUCAACGUUUGACAGAUCAGUUACCGCAAAACAUAUGACACCGUACAAAAUCGGGGGCACGUUUUUUUUUUCUUAGAUUUAUGCAAUCUUAAUCAUUUAUGAUUUUUUGAUUAUUCCUUGCCCAAACACAGUUAUUUACCGCUUUAUAACUAUUAUUACAUGAGACCAGAGGCCGGAAUUUUCGUGGCAUUUUAGAAUUGUCCCAGUGAUAUGACUAUUCAUUUCUUAAGUCCCGGAUAGACGUGCGAGUAAGUUCGCGAACUUACAGCUCAACGACCUUUUUCGCUCGUGUGUCAGCCUAAGUACGCGUACUUUACAAGCGAAAAAAGUCGUCGAGCCAUAAGUUCGCGAACUUACUCGCCCGUCUAUCAGCCACUUUAUAGAUACUAAUAAAACACUUGUUAGCCAUAAAACAGAUUUUGCUCAUGAAAAUGUAAAAACACUGAACUGAAGUAAUUAAAUGUGAAAUUAUUAACGAUUAAGUUUUCAUCAUUUUUAUUGCAUAGGUAUCUCUAUUUCGCAUUUUCAACUAGUCAAAAGUUACCUGGAAGAGAUCGCUCUUUAGCGAAAAGAAUGCCUGCUGUUUACCUCUACCGUUUUCUUUAAUAUGGUGUGUUAUAUGUUGUAUCGAAAUAUGUAUAUGUAUAUCGGAAGUCGAUAAAUGAGAAGUCACUACAACAAUUCAAAAAUGCCACAAAACCGAUCAAUUCGCCAAAAUAUACUCCUUCAAAGCUAAGUUUGCACAGACGUUCCAACGACAAAGUGUAACAGUGCCACUAAAACCGUCUUAAUACCACAAAUAUUUCACUUUUUUGGUGCACUUACUGUCGUCUUCCCUACUUUCUAUCUUAUCUUUUUUUUGCAUAAAAAACAUCGUUACGCGUCCUAUUUUUAGGGUUCCGUAGUCAACUAGGAACCCUUAUAGUUUCGCCAUGUCCGUCUGUCUGUCUGUUUAUCUUUCGGAGGCCUUGCUCCGUGGUCGUUAGUGCUAGAAAGCUGAAAUUUGGCAUGGAUAUAUAAAUCAAUAAAGCCAACAAAGUCGUACAAUAAAAUAUAAAUUUUUAUUUUUGCUUCAACCCUACAGUGUGGGAUAUCGUUGGAAAGGUCUUUCAAAACUAAUAGGGGUCUUCAACAAACAUUUUUGGAUUAAGUGAAUGUAUUCGGAGAUAAUCACUCCGAAAGAAAAAAACUGUAGCGGACAUGAUCAGUUUAACUGUUUUUGAGUUAUCGCAAAAGUUUCCCCUUCAUAGUAAAAAGACUUACAUCCACAGUCCUUCCCUUGGUUAACAAUCUACUAUACUUUAAUCUCCAGUUUAUCUUAUUGUGGCGGAAGAGUAACUACGGAACCCUACUCUGAGCAUGGCCCGACAUGCUCUUGUCCGGUUCAUUUUAUAUUUAUUACGUUGCCUACGCUAAAAUCCUAGUAAUUCUUAGUAAUGCCUAAAAGUUAACUGAUAAAUAGUUAAACUUUAAAUUAUUAAAUGCGCACAUAAAAAAACAACUUUGUAUAUUUUUUAUUUAUUAUAAAUUGAUAUUUUUAUCGACUUCCCAUUUUUGGAGAAAAUAAUCAGAAUAAAACAUUAGGGAAAGUUUCCCUCCCUUCCGAUCACCGAGUAGAAAGUAUUAAAUUAAUGUUUUAUUUUUAUUAUUUUAUAUUUAUUUCUCCAAUAAUGGGUAGUUAGGGCGUUAAAAAAAAACUAUUUUUAAUAAAAAUACUUUUUCAAACUUGCUAUGAAAUGAUGACAUGACUUACGUCAAAUUAGGUCCGGAAAUACUACAUAUCAGGUGCGAUGAGUGAAGAUGAUACCUAUGUAAAGGAAUUUCAUACUGCGUUACACACCUAGGACUAAAGCAACCUUUUUUUGUUUUUUAACGUCAAAUUGUGACACAACGUCUUGGCAUUCAAAGAUCAACAAAUAUAGGUACGCUACCGUUGCUUAGCAAUGAAUAUGCACAACAAAUCACCGUUGUUGUGCAUAUUCGUUGCUAAGCAACGGCAGUGGCGCAUCGCGCAGGCGCGCGGACUUACGCGCGUAGGGCACCGUUGGUAGAGUGGCGAGCCGAGUAGGUCGCCACAAAACAAAUUGUCUACAUUUUUUGUUUUAAUUGCAAGUUUGAGAAAAGCACUAUACAAAUCUCGGCGAGAAACGGGGUUGCUGGCCGCGUAUCUCUAUCCGGCUUCGCUACGCUCCGCCGUCUAUAUCUACUUGGCCUGCAACCCUACGAUUCCCGGCCUCUAUAGUAAUGUACUAUUACAUUUACUCUUCACAGGCAUUCAUUUAUUAUGGAUUAUGGAGAUUAGUACUCUAUAUUUGAACUCAGCCUAUGGCAAUAUUAAAAUUAUCUAUGAAAGUAUGUAUGUAUGUAAGUAUAUACUAUAUUGUACAUUGAAAUAAAAACACGAAAACACAGUUACAGAGUAAAUUAAAUACUUACAACAAAAGUGAACUCAUCCCUGUAUGAGAUCUCUUCCAGUUAACCUUUGAGGAAAUGAGUAGAACAGAAGUAGCGAUGAAUGAAUGACAAACAAAAAGUAAAGUGUACAACCACUGAAAUUAAUAAAAUGCAAUUUUUGGUUUUGAAAGUACACGAAACACGAUUUUUUUUUGUUUGACGCUCUCCUGUUGGGUAUUUUUUGAUUAAUUUAAAAAUCGAUCAAAAUCAUUAAAGUACUAGACAGUUUUUAAUUUUAAAUAUUUAGUUAAUUACUACUCUGGUUCGCCAAAUUUGAUGAAAGCAUAAUUUAAACUGAUUGUGGGUAGCUUUUAACAGAUUAAGGAAAAUUUAAUAGUAUUUUGUUACAUUUAAUGAAUCGUGAAUUAUUUAAAUAAGUACAAAAGCUGGUUAUGUGAAAAGUAAAAAUAUAAAAUUUGUUUUUUAUUCGUUGUUACCUAAAAAUUUAAUGUUACCCUUAAUUUUAUUAUUUAGAUUAAGAUUAAGUUAUAAAUUAUUAUUAUUUAUAAAAUAAAGUGUACUAGGUACCAGUUAUUUUAACAAAACAAGGUGUAUAUAUUUUUAAACUGUUUAAAUGAACCACGUGUACUUACUCGCUGUUGUUUGUUAUUAAUAUUCUAGUUGUUGUUAUCAUUAAUAAAUGUAUAUAAAAUAUAGAUUUUUCUUGUUCCCGAAA